AUUUCAGUUUGGCAUGGUCAUGUACUUGAUUUGGCGCAGCUACUUUUUUGAUUAGCUAGCACAAUCUGAUCUGAGACUCACAGACUUGGUACAUACAUUGUAUAAGAUUCAAAAUUUUGAAAGUCCGCACAAACAUUUCCAUUUUGCAUUCCCGAGAGGCAUUACUUGAUCUACGGACUCGUAAAGACGUUGUUUUCGAAACUCAAGUUCAAAUGAGGCUAGUGGUUCUUGGCUGUUUGCUGCUGGCACUGGAAACAGUUGGCUUGUGUCUCAAAGAUCCUAUCUGUGGACAACCGCCUGCAGUAAAUGGCAAUGAUUUCAUUAAGUGCGCUGGAAGUUUUGAAAAGUUCAGUUACUAUCCACACAUAAAUGUUUGCCAGAAAUUUGAAUACGGCGGCUGUUUUGGAAAUGAUAAUAGUUUCAAUACCCUAGAGAAAUGCCAUAAAAAGUGCAAACUCGAUUGGAAUACAUUAUAUUUCUUAAAUUGUGCUUACAUAUAAGUAAAGAUGUAAGCCAGGCAGGAAUAAUUAUU